AUGCAUUACGCAGUUAUCCUUGCAGUUGUUAUCCCAACAGCGUAUGCCCACUUCGCUAAGUUCUACAACAAAUAUGCAUGUUCACAUCAAGUCGGUGUAUUCAACUUCGGAACCAACUCGCCAGGCUGGACGAGCAAAUGUUACUCCCUUUCUCCUAGCGCAGUCUCACUCGAUGUAUACUUCGAUGGCACACAGGAGGUACCGUGCGCUGUAGAACUCUACCAUGAUAGCCAAUGUCAGCACUUCCUCGACAAAUUCGACGGAGAGGCGCCGAAUCGCAGCGGUUGCUUUGACGAAAGUUCGGCUAUUAAUUCGUACAAGGUUACAUGUCACCGCCCCUGAUGGUGGCGAAGUUGGGGGUCGGGCGAGCGGGGAACUGAUCAACAAGAAGUGGUUCCUUUUGUACACAAAAACGUAGUCUGUAUUUAGAGUUGGAAUGGUAUUCACUUCAGGAGCGGUAGAAUUUGUGCAUUAUGUGUUUUGUAUUUGGGAAACGUCGAGAUGCACAGAUCGACAACGAAGUCGAGCUAUGGAGUCGAGGCUGGAUGAAUGCAGGAGAAGAACAUGACAAAACAAGCUGUGUUCAAGAGCGCUGAGGCGGCGGGCAACGCAGGAGACAGUCAUGGCCUUAGAGUGCUGGCUGUGCAAGCUUUGGUUCGGCCGGCAGCGAUUCCAACGUUGAAACAGAUGCCGUCUUUGUGUCAAUCCCACCUCGAAACGUCGCACAAGUCUUGCUGUGUCGACGGGACUUCGAUUCGGAAAGUUUGGAUCUAGUAGAGAAGAAGCAAGAGAAUAGCGGGUUUGGUCUUCUUGCACUAGCACAAGCUCAAGUACUACCUUACUGUGCCCAUCCAUACGAAGCCUGGUCGAGAUGGCGAAGCUGGCGCGUGCGACAUCUCAAAACGAGACCUUGGAUGACAUCGACGCUACCGUUUACAUUGUGUGAGAACUAGCGAGAGUCCUGCGAUGAUGGGAGGUGUGAGAAGUUGCUGGGGACAUUCUAGCGAAGGAUCUGCUCAUCACACAGGCUGCCAAUGCUUCUCAAUUGAGUCCCGGCGUUCUCCAUAGAUAGCAAAAA